GAAAAAAAUAAAAAUCAAAAAAAUAUCCUCCAUUUGACCGAGAGGCUCGAGGAAUCUCGGUGGAUAUCUCGUCUCCCGCGGUGACCGGACCCUAAAAACCGUCUAGCGAUCGAGUUUUAAUUUAAGUUCGCGAGAAUUCUAAAGUCGGAUUCUCUUUAUCUCGUUCGGUAUUCUCGUAGAAUGCGAUACACGAAAACAUCACGUUCUAAUCGAUUUUCGAUAGCAACGUAGGAGUGGCCGAGUCACCUUCGAAUUCCCCUGAUGAAACUUUUCUAUUUCAAUUCCACCCGCAUCCCCCAACGUGGUCUUUCGGCGGUAGCAACGCGCGUCGCACGAAUCGAAUUCGACUUGCCGAGGGGUAAAACCACCGCCAUUGAAUCGCACCGGGGAAACGAUUUCCUCAAACCUGCCCCCAAACAAUAAAUAAUUACGGGGCACCGUCGCCGCUCGCCGACCCAACGGCUGAACUCAGGUAGUCCCGGAACGGCUAGAAAAUACAGCGAAGAGUUUUGAAUGGAGUUUGCAGCUCUCGCAUCAGCGACUACUGCACCGGUGCAGCACCCUGGGACGCGGAACGGGUUCGCGUACAUCGCCUCCUCUAUACUGCAGUACACUGCAGAGAACCUCCCGAUGUCGGCGAGGUCGCAUGCGGAACGGGCAUUCCGAUAAUACCUGCCCAUUGGCCCCUGAAAACCUGCGGGGGCUCGGGGUACGGAAGUCACCGUUGUUGCGGUAACAACUGCGGUAACGGAUGCCCCAAGGUAUAAAGUAACAUCGAGUACGAGAUAUGCGCGCUACGAACCGCCGCACGUAUCCGACACGCGUAUCCCAUGGAAUUACGUACGCGAUAAUUCGGAAUUACGAAAUUCAGGGAUUAUCGAGGGACUCGACGACUUUACGAAAUCGUGGAAUCGUCGCUCGCGACUUCCGGUGUACGGAAUUCGGAUAAAGUCUCGCGUCGAAAGUAGCGUCGAGUUUCGAGGUGGUGGUCGGUCGGUCCGAUCGGAGAUUUUGGAGAUUUUCAAGAUUUGGGAGAUCGGGGAGUCGGAGGUCGGCGUCGCGACGCUACGUAAGGCCCAAGGGAGAAUAAGUCUCGUUACUAUGGCGACCGAGGGGGGUACCGGAGGUGUUUUACUCGGGUUUCAUCGUCAAGUAUCGGAGUGAGUCGGACUACGGCUAAGCGAGGCCAACCGGUCCGCUCGCUCGUCGCGGUCUCACCGCGACCAGUCGAAUUCCGUACGUAGUCAGCGAUCGUGGUAUGGCGCUCCGGAAGCGUGCCAAAUGUCGUGUGCAUAAGUAGAAGACAGAAAAGUGUCCGCGUCUUUCAGUUUCUUCGAAUAUCCGCUGAAAAAUUAUUUUUUUUUUUUCUUUCAAAGCGUACACCUUAUCACGAAUUCGAACCACGUGUUACGGAGUGACCGUGCGGAGGGCACGCCGUACGAAUCGUUGGAAUAAAAUUCAAAAACAAAAAAACAAAACAAAAACAGCAUAAAAAAUAAAGGAAGAGAAAGGGGACGGUGAAACGCUCCGCAGGAACGUCGUUUAGAGAUGUUAACUUGGUCGCGACAGUGUUAACUCAAAUAUUGAAUUUGAAGCGUGCGUCAGCCGGAGAGCCACACACUACUCACGGAGUUCGAGGAGCGGGCGACUUCGUGCGCCCGAAGCCAAAUAUCUGCUCGGUCGUUCGAACGCUACGCAGCCAAACUCGAAUAUUGCGUGUAUUCGAGAGAGGCGCCUACUCGUCGAACACACCUGCUGUUAUAUUCUUCCAGGCGAACGUUGGGAUCGACCCAAAAGUAGAAAGAGGACGGAUCCAGAAAUCGCCAAUCGUCGACGCAAAGUCGCUACCAGCUGCGAUUCGAUUCGUAGUUCCCGCCCUGUCUAUGCGUCACGAUUAGUCGGUACUCGUACGAUCGUACGAAAUAAACGAACCGAAUGAAAACGUGAGAAAAACAGCUCGGCAAACACCGAUAUCAAACGUGCUGGUUGACGACGGUGUGUAGGUAGAUACAGUGUGCAAUCGGUGUUAUCGAUUCGGUAUAUAUAUUGUUUUCGAAUUCUUCACGACCGAGUGUUGGAGCGCCAGGCAGUUUUUCUUUUUUGCAAAGGUAAUAACACAUCGCGAGUCAUAAACCGCGAUGAAGAUUCGGUGGGCUGCCGUGUAGCGGAAACUGAACUUCGUGUAUGAUUUUCGAUCGAGUGACCAUUGAGUGGUGUUUCUAGAUAUUCGGGAUAGUCGAAAUCGCGGUAAAAACACGGGACUUCGCGAUCAAUAUCGAGUUGCUGUAUUGGCGACGUCAUGGAGUUACGGGAUGACGCUGUCAAGAAAGACUAAGUCAUCUCAUCGGACAUUAUUUUGGUACAAUACCACCACCCUUCGUUCUUAGUCGAUUAGUCACUAAACGCGUCAUGACCAUGACUAUGUUCGGUACAUUGGUACAACGGCUGACAUCCCCCGUGACAUCGCCUACGUCGGCCAGACGUCGAUUCAAGUCACCGUCUCGAUGGGAAGUCCAGAGUGACCCCGAGGACGACGUCGUACCCGUGAGGAAGUCCAGGGCUAAACACCUCCUCGAUAAACGCAAGAGUAAAAGCCGCGCUCGCGGUCUCAACAUCAGCGAACCUCAGCCGUGCAACACUUCGGCUUCCAGCUGGCACGAUGUUGCGUUUCCUCCACUCAGGGGCACCAAGAGCCUCGGGAGACUAGACGGCAUGAAAGAGGUCCAAAGGCUCGCGGAAUACGAGAGGUACCUCGGGCAAGAGGCUCGAAAUGUCGUAGAAAACGGAGGCGGUGUGGGAAGCGGUGCAGUUCUGCAACGUGGUCAACUCGAGGGUGACCUACACCGAAUCCAAGAACUUUUUCCCGGGGACAACCUACGUCUACACGAACGAGAUGUUCUCACUACGAAAAUGAAAAGCUUAAUACGUAAAAGAAGUAACGGAAAUACGGGACGACUGACCAGGGUACUUUCACAAAAAUGCCUGAACUCAACGAACGGGACAUCCGCCCCAAAGUCGCCACCGAGAACCUUCCUACUCGAAACCCCUGUACAAUUCACCACCGGAAUGCAGUCCCAGGAGAGACACCUGUUCCUCUUUUCGGAUCUCCUUCUGAUCGCGAAAGCGCGAAGUGGCGGAAACUUCAAAUUGAAGCAAUCAGUACGUAUGAGCGAACUCUGGUUAACGGCAGGGCACAUCGAAGAUGUUGCAGAGUCAAAUAAAUCACAAGAUACGAGCUUCGUCCUCGGAUGGCCAACGACGAACGUCGUUGCGACCUUCAUGACCGCAGCGGCGAGAGAUUUGUGGUGGGGACGGCUUACGGAUCUCGUAAGAGAGGAGAGCAUGAAGGAGCCACCAGACACAAACAUUCAAGUAAUUUACCACGACAGCGACGCGAACACGGAAUAUACCAAGACGAUAAUGGUUGGUCCAGAGAUGACCGCAAGCGCGUGUGUCAAUCUGGCAACGCGAUUACUGGACCUCCAGGGCCCCUUCCAACUCUGGGCGAGGACGUCAUCCGACGAGUCUCCCUACCCGCUGAUCGGACACGAAAGACCCUUCGCCAUAAAACUAUCGAAUCUGCGGCACACGAUAUCAGCUGAGGAAGGCUUCGACCUCGAACACUGUAACAAGAGCGGCCACGACAACUGCCAUUUCAUAUUGAGACCCGUACUGAAGUCACCGAUAAAGAAAAACAAGUCCAAAAUCUCUGGACUUCUGAGGAGGUCGCUAUCACUGAAUCCCAGUAUUUUCGGGGUGAACCUUUCGAGGCUCGAUGAAAAUGGCCUGCCGAAACCCGUCCUCGUAAUGCUUCAGCAACUCUUUGCCAAGGGACCCUUCACCCAAGGCAUAUUCCGGAAGUCGGCUAACGUCAGAAUAGUAAGAGAACUAAGGGACCAAAUCGAAUCUACGGGAGAUCCGAGUUGCCUCGAAGACGCCCCCGUCAUAGCGGUCGCGGCACUCCUCAAGGACUUCUUAAGGUCACUGCCCGAUCCCCUCCUGACGUCACACCUUUUUCCGCUGUGGAUGGCAAGUCUUGACACUGCGAAUUCUGUACAAACUAUAAAAAGCAUCCUCGACCGACUACCCAAGGCGAAUUACACGCUGCUCUCGCACCUGAUCUGCGUGUUACAUCACGUCGCGAGAAGAUCUAAACACAAUUUAAUGUGCGCCAGUAACCUGGGCGUAUGCUGCGGUCCAAGUUUACUCUGGUCCUCGAGCCCGUCCGUUAAUCAGAGUAGAGCUAUACCAGCUUUAACCGAAAUGCUCAUACGACACUGCGAAACGUUAUUCGGCGAGAGCGUCACUCAACUUCUCGGCGAAGAGAGGAGCGACAGCGGCGCGGAGGAGAGCACGGAUAGCCUACACUCAGGUGGACUUUCCUUGGAUAGUUUGGACUUGACGGAACCACCUAGGAAGGAUCACAUGUCCUUGUCAAGGGAUUCCGGUCUGACGUUAUCCGACUGCCAGUUAUUUAUUCCGGAGUCCCCUGUGGGCUCCGAAGACUCGGCGGUGAACGCUUCGACAUCCAGUUUUGAUAAAUCUAUCAUAAAGGAGGAAAAGUCGAGCAAAGGGUACGUACGAGUCUAUGGGGGAUGGGAGGAACGUAUGACAACUUAUACGAACGGAAAUCAGGGUAGUAUAAGCCAAAACUUCCGCGAAGAGAAGAGCAACGUUUAUCCGAACCCCAAUUUCCAACGACAAGAUUGGCUGAGAGCGCAACUCAAGCGAACCCCACGAACGAAACUCGAAGAACAGGAACAGAGGAAGGAAAGAUUCGACGAAAAGGAUAUCUACCGGAGAGAAUUUCUGCGGCAGGAUUCCAUGAAAGAGAAUGUAGAAAAUGGCAAAGACAUGUUCAGAUCGCAAAUGGACAUUGCUCAAGAGAUGCGGGCGGAGUACGACAGAUUAUCUCAGCAGGAUGCGUGUACGGAACGAGUGUCGAUACACGAUUCGGAGCAGGAUUUGAACAGCAGGGACUCGCCGCUUUCGGCCGACCGUUACGACUUCAAAAAGGAUCAUUUCGGGGAGUUUAAAAAAGUCAAAUCGGAAGCCUACAUAAAUCGGGAUUCGCCCGUAUCGCAGAAUGGAAGCUAUCAUUCCGGAAGCGAUUUGUACGAGUUCAAAAAAGUUAAAAGCGAAAUCUAUGUCAAUAAAGAAUCUCGAACCGAACACUACGAGUAUAACAAUAAAUCCGAGAACAAUAUAUACGGUAACAGAGACACGAUAAACGACAUUUACACGACCAGAGAACAGGGUGAUCUCUAUCCCUUCAAACAAGCGGAAGCUAUCGAUAUCUAUGGAGAUGAAGAUGACGGUGAACGCAUCUGGCCGGAUACACCUCCACCUUUACCUCCUAGACUCAGGCACCUGCCGCCGGUGCACAUGAGUCUCGACGACAGGCACAAAGUGGCCAGCAGAUCCAGGUCUCUACCUCCACCACCACCCUACCGACCUCCACCGCAACCCCGAGCCCCGAUCACCACAAGACAUCUUGGAUACCCAAGAUCCAUCGUCGAUGAUGAAAGUUACGUUUGAUUAGCUGCGAUUUACAUUUUUCGAAAUCAAAGUACAUAUAUCUGUUAUUCUAUUCGCGUCGCGGAUUAAUUGGAUAAUCAAAAUUUAGCUCCCGUUUGACUGUUUGAUAUUUGCUCUCGGGGAUGAUUGACGUGUAGAUGUAUGAUGUAUAUUUACAUGUUUCCAUUUUUGGGAAUAUCUGUAAAAUGUUACGGGUGCGAUUCAACGAACGUUAGCCGUUCAACAGGGCGAGAUCGUUUAUUAAAGAUUAGGAAAGGAACGCAGAAGAAGCGCAGUCGUGUAAUAAUUCGGCAACGCAUAUCGUCUAAUAAAAUAUGAUGUAUAAGUUUCGGAAUGAUUCGGCUCGUCUAAUUCUGUUGAUGAAAUUAUAGAUGUCACACGUCAUAUUAUGUGAUCGCGUAAUUCGUUGCGAUCGGAUCGGAAUACGUGGUCUUGCAGUGCGAUGGUUCACCUAGUCUAAACUCAGAAAACGUUCGUUAGGGCGUAUUUAGAAAGAAAAGUACUGAAUUAUAUAUUUCGAUGUAAGUUUAGAUCACAUAUACAGAUUAUAAUGAAUGCGCAUAAAAAUACGUAACUAUAUAUGUUAACAUAAACCAUCGCGAGUUCUCGCGCGUUUAUUAUUUUUUCACUAUCAAGAAGAACGCUCCAAAACUAUAUAAAUCUUGCGUUUAGAAAAUAUAUUCUAUUGAAAAUGUUGAUAUAGUGACGCGAUAAAUCACAGCUUUUAUACCUAUAUACUGACAAUGAGUUCCAGGGUGCUUCCAAACUUAACAUAGGUUACUAUAGAUAUGAGUAUAUCAUAGCUAUUAGAAUUAAGCAUAGCUUGUAAAGAUACUGACAAGACUCGGAUUGAGGUAAUACCAUUUUUCUUGUAACAUAGUGAGCAAAUUUUCUAUAUAUAGGAGAAGAAACACACACACCUCGUUUUAAUCAUAAAACCAGAGAAAUACAAAUUAAUGACGCAGAAAUUUUUUGACACAAGAUUACCAGUGGCAUAAUCAUCAUCCUAAUAUUUUUCCUCAUCAUCCGCAUAUAAUUUAUAUUUUCCCCGUGAAAUUCAUCGAUUUGCUUCGUAAUAUUUCAUAAUCACACGUUAGCCAGCCAUUUAUAAAUUCAUGAAAUUCUUUCACAUUCUGAUAUUUUGCGAGAAUCAUUUUUUUUCUCGUAUUCGGUAUAAACUGACCAGUCUUUCCUUUGGUAGAAAAAACAUGACAGUAAUUACUACCUUGUAGGUACAUACAUAAGGUAAUAAGUAGCUCUAACAUUUAUACACGUUAACGCCGCUUUGUUACACGAACGAAGUUAUUAUGAAAGUGCGAUUAAUAUUGUAGAAGUUUAUUAUAAGUAAAAUACAAAAAAUAUUUGGAUUUUUGUCCAAUUUUUCAUUUGUACAUAAUAUUAUUAUAAUGUAUACUUCUUUUUUAUUGCUAUAAAUGUAUGAGCAUUCACCUUGAUGAAUAAGAACAAUGCUGAUUAAAUAUGUAUACUUAUCUAGCUAAAUUAUACGACAUACUAUCAAAGUAAAUAUAUUUCGUAUUUUAUACAA